GCAGCUGCAAACAUUGGACAAAUCAACUUCCGACGAUACACGUGCCAAGUUAAAAAGUCGUUGAAAUUUGUAUUCCAGUUUUGAUUUUCUUAACAUUUGUUCAGCGUCGUUGUUUUGUCUAUGGCGCCCAUAAAAUUUACUCGUGUUGUGAGUUUCAGUAGCGAAGAUCCGAAUCAGCCAACAGAAAACCUCAUUAAAGAUGGAGUGUACAGGAAAUGGAGGUGCAAAUCUGCUGGAGAGCAGAAAGCGUGGGUUGAAUUUCAGUUAGAGAAAACAUCCUUCAUUUCAGCUGUUGACAUAGGAAACCAUGGUUCUGCAUUCAUUGAAAUUUUAGUUGGUAGAAGUGGUUGUUCCGAUGAAGACUACAAGGUUCUUUUGAAUUCAGCCUCUUUUAUGACACCUCAAGAGUGUCGAAACGAAACAAAUCUCCAGCGUGUACGGAUUUUCAAACACCAAGAUUUGAACAAGGCCACCCAAGCUGAAAAAUGGGAUCGCGUUCGGGUUGUUUGCACUCAACCGUUCAACAAACAGCUUCAGUAUGGAAUUUCCUUCCUUACAGUUCAUGCUCCAGAAGAAGAGUCAGCUAAUAAAACCAACAAUAAUGCUAGCGUGAAAGCAGCAAACAGCAUAGAUCUUGGCAUGUUUAAACUUAGGUCCGAAGAAUCAAUUGUUGACCCCAUCAAACAAGGCAGUUUGUUCUCUCGGUUCAAGUCGUCGAUCAGCACCUCGCCCAGCACUCAGCCUGGUGCAAUCCGUGCUGCAUCUCAAAGUCUUGCCUCUGCUGCCCUAGCACAGAGUGAGAAAGAGGCCUUGACCAUUUUGAGACACUCCCCUAACAAGGACGGCAGCAGACCAGAUAUCAAAUUGACAGAUAAGCUUAAAACGUUGCAGACUCGAAGUCCCACAGUAUCUAAAACACCUACUGCUGCCAAAGUCGAUCAACAUUCGCCAUUACCUAGUCGCAAGCAAGUGGAAUCUGAUCGGCCGAGACCAGUUGCGCCGCCCAUCACUCCACCAGCUAAAAAAUCGUUGAGUAAAAAAAUGCAAGAAAGCAAACCAAGACAUUCCCCCCUUCAUGAAUCGAAGAGAGUUGAAGGACCAGUUAAAAGGAAAACACCACCACCUUCUCCAUCAGUUGACACGCAGCGCUUAGCGAAAAAGCAACGGACGACCAAACCUUUUAAUCGCCUAUUGGAAGGCGUCGUGGUGGUCCUUAGUGGUUUUCAAAAUCCUUUACGGGGUCAACUGCGAGAUAAACUGCUGGCCUUAGGUGCCACCUAUAAACCGGAAUGGAACGCGUCUUGUACGCAUUUGAUAUGUGCCUUUUACAACACACCAAAGUUCAUUGAAGUUAAGGGUAAAGGCAAAAUAGUUACCAAAAAUUGGGUUCAAGAUUGUUUCGACAAACGAAAAAGAUUACCAUGGAGACGUUAUUGUUUAGAUAAAAAUGACAGAGGAGAAGAAAGCGAAGAAGAAAUUUGGGAAGGAGAGGACCAGGGGCCGACAUGUCCGACCCCUACACCCCAAACCAGUAAAGCAGCAACUGUAGUACCCCAAUCGCCAACUGUAGCAGCCAGUUGUAAGCCUACCACUGUGGUGGCGAGUCCUAAAACUAGUGUCGUCAAGGACGAAGAAGAAGAAGACUACGGCGGGUCGACUGAAGUUGACGAAGUCGACACGGAAGAUGAAAUCGAUAUGAUCAAGAAGAAAAUUAAAGAACAACAGCAGACUUUGGAAGAUUCAAACAUUUACGCUAAUUUGAACUUUUAUCUGGGCAAAGAUUUGUCCGAAGAAGUGAAAGAGGACCUAACGCUCUAUAUAAAAGAAUGUCAAGGUAAAUUAGUGCCGAAAAUUAAAUCAAAGGUUUCUCACUUUAUAUCCGACGAUCCUGACGAUGAUUCAGUCGCCAAGGCGCUGUCGAAAAACCAAGACAUGAAAAUUGUCAAAAGUGAUUGGAUACGGACAUGCAGAAAAAAUAACAAAUUAGUUGCUCUCGAUGAAUUCUUGGUGCAACAAACGAAAUGAAUAAUAAAGGUAUUUUAAAACAGAA